CUUUAUUUUUUUACUAUAUUUGUUUUGUUAGAUUUGAAAUUAAACAUCUAUCAUAAUUUCUCUGACAUACAAAAGGUGUAAAACUAGGCCUACCUAGUGUUGUUCAUUUCUCAUUCAUUGAGCUCCAAAAGUUUCUCAAGAAGCUGUGAUAGAAGUGGAAUUCUGUUACAAAAAUGGAGGAGGAGCAUAUGAAAGUGCCAUUGUUGGAGAAGAAGCAAUACCAUGAGGGUUGUCCUGGUUGUAAGGUGGAACAAACCAAAGAGCUAAACCAUGGUGUAUCCAUUAUAAAUCUUUUGAUCAUUUGGAUGGUUGUGUUAUCUGCUACACUUCCUGCAUCAUCACUUUUUCCAUUCCUUUAUUUCAUGGUAAGAGAUUUCAAUGUUGCAAAAGAAGAAGCUGAUAUUAGUUAUUAUGCUGGUUAUGUGGGAUCUGCAUACAUGUUUGGAAGAGCUUUAACAUCUGUAUCAUGGGGAAUGAUAUCUGAUCGAUACGGUCGAAAACCUGUUAUAAUUAUGGGGGUCAUCGCAGUAAUCAUACUCAACACACUAUUCGGCCUCAGUACGAGUUUUUGGAUGGCUAUUAUCACGCGAUUUCUUCUCGGAAGUUUAAAUGGCAUACUCGGACCAGUGAAGGCUUAUGCUAGUGAACUUUUUCGAGAAGAGCACCAAGCUAUAGGACUUUCGACUGUUAGUGCAGCUUGGGGCAUAGGUUUAAUCAUUGGCCCCGCACUGGGUGGAUAUUUGGCUCAGCCAGCAGAAAAAUACCCUCAAAUAUUUUCAAAGGGUUCCUUUUGUGACAAGUUUCCAUACUUCUUACCAUGCUUUAUAAUAUCAGGAUUCGCACUUACCGUAGCCAUUGUCUGCAUCUGGAUUCCGGAAACACUUCACAAUCAUAGUGGUAACGAGUCUAGAGACGAUGCUGAAACGGUAGAAAAUGGAAGCAUAAGAGUAGUUAAAGAAAAGACAGUCCAAAAGAAUGAAAACCUCUUCAUGAAUUGGCCUUUGAUGUCAUCUAUCAUUGUGUACUGUGUCUUCUCACUUCAUGAUGUUGCUUAUCAAGAGGUUUUCUCAUUAUGGGCUGUUAGUCCUCGGAGGCUAGGGGGUUUGAACUUUACAACAGAUGAUGUUGGCAAUGUUCUUUCAAUUUCAGGACUUGCACUUGUGAUCUACCAACUUUUCAUAUACCCGUCCGUGGAAAAAGCUUGUGGACCUAUCGGAUUUGCCCGCAUCACAGGGAUUUUUUCAAUACCACUUUUGCAAAGUUACCCCUUCAUAGCAUUGUUGUCGGGCACAGCCUUAUACGUAGUCAUUAGUAUUGCUUCUGUCUUCAAGAAUGUUAUGUCUGUGACGAUUACAACGGGCUUAUUCCUUAUACAAAACCGAGUAGUGGAACAACACCAAAGAGGAGCCGCUAAUGGCAUAUCUAUGACAGGCAUGUCUUUAUUCAAAGCUAUUGGCCCUGCAGCAGGCGGUACAAUAUUAACUUGGUCACAAAAGCGUAUGGAUGCUUCUUUCCUCCCAGGCACUCAAAUGGUAUUUUUCUUCCUGAAUUUGGUUGAAGGGCUUGGAAUAGUUUUGAUGUUUAAGCCAUUCCUUGGUGAAAAGAAGAAAACAAACUCAGAUAUGUUACAUUGAUUGAGUUCUGAUGUAACACUUUGUCGUAAUUAGACAUUGAUGCUAAAUAAAAAAGCGAAUGAGAAAUAAUUACUAACGAACAAGGGGAAAAAACAAGAGUUGAGAGAGAAAUAUAGAAAGUUACUGUUGUUCUCUCGUUAAAAUCAAGAUUCUCAAAUUGAAAGUGACCUCAAGUGUAAUACCCAUCUAGUUUCCUGUAAAGUUAGUUUUUCUGAAUUUUUAGUAAGCUUUUGUUCUGA